AUGGUAGGUUCAAAUGAUUCUAUUCCUAUACAACAACAAUUCUCAUCUUCAUUUCCAAAGGUGAAUGAUAAUAGAAAAUCACCGAAUCAGACUAUACGAUUAUCACCAUCCUCAUCAUCAUCAUCAUCAUGUUCACAACAACAACAACAACAGCAACAACGUCGAUCAAAAUCAUUGACAUCACAACAAAUUCUAACAUCAGAUCAAUUUCGACGUCCUUCUACUCCAAUCAUGUCUACUACACCUAGAUUAUCUAUUGCAGAUAGAUUCAUGUCUUCGAAUUAUCAACAUUCUCCUCUUACUUCUUCUCCAUUAUCUUAUACUUCUACUAUCCUGAAUGACAAGGAGGAUUUAUUUUCUUCUGAUAAAAAUCCUUCUAAUUCUGAUCGUACCAAUAAUAAUAAUAACAAUAAUAUUCAAGCUUCAUCAUCAUCAAUGGAAAUUUCAUCUACUCCUAGACUUACUAUUGCUAGUGCAUUUAUGAAAUCAUCAUCUACUUUUACGAAACAAGAUCAUACGACAGUAGCAUCUACAGGAACCAUUCAUCCACUUGAUACACUCUCUCAACAUACAAAUGAUAGUCUAGAUCUCAAUUUGGAUUUAACACCAACACCUUCCUCAUCAAACUUUUAUCGUGGUAGUAGAAAUCAUUCUCGACCUUUUGGAAGUCAAGAUACUCUCGUCAGUAAUGAUCUCGGUACUAAUAAACAAGCCAAAGUACAAAACUCGACAGAAGAUGAAUAUUUUGAUAUAUCAUUAAAUGAUUAUUAUCGACGAUCUCAAGACAAUGACCAACAAGAAGACGGCGAUGAGGACGACGACGGUACAAAUGAAAAUGAAAGUGAUAUCUCAUCAACCACUCGACAUGGCGAUGAAGAACAUGAUUUAGAUUUACAACAAAGCAAAUCUUCCAGCAAACAUAAUCAACAACAAGACGAUAUGAUGGAGCCUAGAGGUUGUUGGAUUGGAUGUUGUUUUUUAUCUUUUGGACGACGUCCCAAUAAACAAGCUAUGAUGGCCAAUAUUAACAAAAAACGACAACAAGAACAACAAGAACGACAGCAACAACGGAAAUGUGGAACUCGAUGGCGUGUACUUGGUAUAUUUUUAUCGAUUCUUCUUUUGAUCGUACUCUCUUCUAUUCUAUGGCCUCGUACUCCUUUGAUACGGAUUGAAGGUGCAUCAUUAAUCUCUCCAGCCAAAAUCACAGAAACAAAUCAAGGCGCAUUGGUGGGCAAUGUACAAUUUGAAAGUCAAUGGAUGGUGAAUUUUACUGUGGAUAAUCGACAAAACUCUAUUUUACCUACCCGUUUAGUACAACUUCAUGUUUUGGUCAAAGAUGCUUUAACAGGCAAUAUUAUCGGCAAGGGGUUUCAAAAUGAUCAUCCAGAACCUUUAGUCUUAAGUCCAAAUACAAUCUCUACCAUUCAAUUGGGUGUCUCCUUGGAUUAUCAAGCUCGUGAUGUGUCUGAUACCACUUUUGCUAGUCUCAAGAAAGCUUGCACGUCAUCCUCUCCUACUCGACGUUCAUUGUUGAUUUCUCGUGGUGGCGAUCAUCCUAGUAAUUUAUCUUCUUCAAAUUCUGAUGGCUCAUCCAAUACAACGGUAAUCAACAGUAACAAUCAUACUCUAUCAAACAACAACAAUCAAACCACGAUACAUUCUCCUACUACAAUACCUCCUUCACCACCACCUCCUCCAAAACAACAUGAAUCUCUCUCCUUAUUAUUUUGGGUUACAUUACAUAUUUGGGGAUUGGACUUUUUUGGUUAUCAACCUACUGUCAUGGUCGCACCUGCUACUGGUGGUUUUGUCUGUCCUUUGUCCUAG